AUGCAUAUGCGCCACGUGCUCUUAGCAGUAUUUCACUGCUCCGAGAGCGUUGUUGACGAGACACGUUGUUGUUUAUCGGUGCUAUCUGCAUCCAACACAUUGCCCUACGGCCACACAUUCUUCCAGCAACUCAGUCCAUCCUAUCAGUGUAUUGUACUCACAGUUCAUCUGAACCAAUGCCGUUUCCAAGAGGCGCAUUGGGGCAUUCGGCUAUUACUACAGUGUGGUGCUAUGCAACACCGUAAAAUGAGCAAAAUUCAAAUGCUACACAAUGAUGAGGAGGAGCAAGAGGAAGAAGAAGCCGGAGAAGAUGAAGUUGAAGAACCGGAAGAACCUGAAGAACCCGAACCGGAGCCUGAACCGGAGGAGAAGCAGGAGGAAGUAAAGUACGGGAAUGCAUAA